UAAAGUGCGAACUCGCUAAGGACGCAGCAGUCGACGGGUCAGCCUCCAGGAGGCACGAUCGCGCUGAUCCACGUGACCGCGACCGCGUCGCGCUCCUCCAUCGAGAGGUGACUGAAACGUGACGCGUCUGAGAUCUCGCGGUUCGGUUCCGCUCCUCCUACGCCUUGACCCCUGGCUGGUCGCCUCGAGCGUUUCACCUGGUUCGAUAUCGCACGUAGCAACGAAGGGAUUCCUCGUCACAUAAGGUCCUUGGAAUCUCGAGGCCCUUCUCGAUUUGAACAGCAUCGGUUCAUGAUGAAUGGCGCGAAAACGUUCUCGAUGAAUGGAGUCAUAACCGAUACUGUCAGUCACGCGAGAGCAAUCAUCGAGAAUUAGACGAGAAGCAAUUCUGUUCAACAACUAUAAUCGUGUUUCAACAACGGUGCAAGAAUGUCGCUCGUCGUUAUACUAAAAAAUUUCCAAGGUCUUAAAUGCAAAGGGGAAAAGGUGGCGAGAAUCGAUUUUCGAGAGGUAUCGCAUUAUUCAACGAAUCUCGAAGACAAUGACGACGUUAUCGAAGUAGAACAGAGCUUUACGUGGAAUCUAGGAAGACCAGUGGAUGAAGCGGAAGUAUUGCAAUUGGCAGUUGUAUCUCGCGGAGUUCUGAGGACUGAAAAAAUCGCGGCGAAAUACGGAUUGGUGUUGCAAACGGUGGUGCGCGAAGGAAGGAUCUUUGUUUCGGAUUCCCUAGUUGACCUCAAUAAUAAACCGCUUCCGGCGGUGGUGUGUUUCGAAAUUCGAUACAAUCCCCCGGACGGAAGCUGCAGUUCGUACGCGGCCUCGGAAAUAAUGGAGGAUGAGCAGCAGAUGCUGAUCGAUAUCGAGCAGAAUAUCGCGAACCUCGAGAGAAGUCUCGAACAAGCCAACAGCAGCACGAGUAGCGGAAAAAGAAGGGGCUCCUGGCAUACCCCCGAGAUCAAAAGAAGUUUCAUAUCGAGGGGCCUCUCUAUGUCGACCAAUGAUAAAUCAUCUGAUACCCGGAAGCGAAGCGCUUUCAAGAGCGUGCGAUCCUUGCUGAAAUUGGGAAAGCAGAGACCGCCACGUGCUCGGUCCUGCGACAAUACCUCGGAAACGAGAGAACUCCUCGACAGACAGGAUUCCAGCUGCCCAACUUCAAACGAGCCAUCACGUACAAACUCCAUGACAUCUCUCGAAACGAAUACAUCUGAUAACGACAGUCAAGUUAGUGCCAACCCCGAGCAGGAAGAGACAGCUGUAAAGCCGGCAAAGAAACCGAAGCCUAAGACGAGCGACACUUGGCAAAGUGCGUUAAAAGCCCAGGAUUAUCAAGUAUGCGUUACGAUCAUUGAAGCAAGGCAACUCGCAGGUCUCAACAUGGAUCCGGUGGUCUGUGUGCAAGUCGGAGAUCAGCGCAAAUACACGAGUGUCAAGGAAUCCACGAAUUGCCCGUAUUAUAAUGAAUAUUUCGUCUUCGAUUUUCACAUGCCGCCCGUUAUGCUCUUCGACAAAAUCAUUACGUUGUCGGUGCAGCAAUCGCGGAAUCUCUUGCGCGCUAAUCUAACGCUGGGCAUCUUUAAGUUAGACAUCGCGACGGUUUGGGCACAACCAGAUCAUCAGUUCUAUCACAAAUGGGCCCUGCUCACCGAUCCAGAUGAUAUUACCGGUGGUCCCAAAGGUUACCUUAAAUGCGACAUAAGUGUCAUCGGCAAAGGAGAUACCGUAAAAAUACCUCCGAAAAGCGAAAAAGAUGAGGACGACAUUGAAGGGAAUCUUUUAUUGCCCGACGGUGUGCCGAUCGAAAGACAACGUGCGAAAUUUGUAGUGAAGGUUUACAGAGCCGAUGGCUUACCGAAAAUGAAUAGCAGCAUCAUGGCGAACGUGAAGAAAGCUUUCACGGGAGAAGUAAAAGAUCUGGUGGACCCAUAUGUUCAAGUGUCUUUUGCUGGACUUAGCGGGAAAACAAGCGUGAAAAGGAAUAGCUAUGCUCCGGUAUGGAACGAACAGAUAGUUUUCACCGAGAUGUUCCCUCCUCUUUGUCAAAGAAUAAAGAUACAAUUAUGCGAUAACGACCCAGUACACGCCACUGUCAUCGGUACACACUUCGUCGACUUGAAACAGAUCAGCAACGACGGCGAGAAGGGUUUCUUACCGACUUUUGGUCCAGCAUUUAUUCAUCUUUAUGGCAGCAUCAGGGAUUACAGCAUCAUAGACGAGCACUCGACAUUAAACACCGGCUUAGGCGAAGGAAUUUCAUAUAGAGCAAGACUAUUAAUAGCGAUACGAACUGAGAUCACCGACAAUGUGGAAAUGGCACCGUCAGAAGUCGAGGUGGAACCAACAGUUCCGAUCAACGAGUCCGCUUACGCGAGAAACGAGGAAUUCUUCCUGUUUUCUACGAUUAUGGAUGCGACAAUGAUCGAUAAGAAAGUCAGUGACAAGCCAAUGUAUUUCGAAAUAUCGAUCGGAAAUGCAGGCAACGCUCUCGACGGUCACAAUGAAAGUUUAAAGAUGUACAAUACAGGCUCGAGGAGUUGCAUUUCUGGGGAUGAGGACGAUCUGCAGGAAGUGCUCGCUGGAUCCUGGCAAAGUACUACGCCGGCUAGUAAGCCGAUGACGCACGAUAAAACUUAUUAUUUUCUACCGUACUGGGAUGACAAGCCGUGUCUUCACGUGAGAAGCACGUGGCCGGAUUACAGACGCAGAAUGUAUAACAGCAAUAUCAUCGGCAAGAUUAUCGAUAAGCUGGAGGAAGGAUUGUCAGAGGUGCAGUUGCAUUUGGAAGAUUCAACGUGCGAGAAGCUUCUAAAGGCUACCCUCGAAGAGCUGAGCGCCAACUGUAACCGGUAUGUCAGUAUUAGCAAGUCUAGCGUAACCGGUCCAGGCGUCGGGAAGACAAAACUGGAUAAAGAGCACAAAUUGUGCCAGCGGGAGCUAGAAAAUAUCGGGAUCAUGUCGCGCAACCUCAAGGCGCUCGUGACAAAAAGUAGCUUCAAGGAGAGAUUGAAGACAGCUCAGAGCUAUCUGCAGAAAUUAAAAUUCCUCGUCGAGGAUCCGCAAGAUUCUUUGCCGGAUGUUUUCGUCUGGGUGAUAAGCUCCGGUAGACGAGUCGCAUACCAGAGGAUAUCGUGUCGUGAACUCAUCUACUCGGUGGUUGACGAAGAAUGCGGUCGACAUUGUGGGAAAGUACAGACUAUGUUCCUCAAGCUUCCAGGCAAGAAGAGGUUUGGACCUUCAGGAUGGGCGAUACAGACGAAACUGCAAAUCUACAUGUGGCUAGGGAUACUGAAGCACAAAAAGUAUUUUAUUCAGGGUUUGCCGAAGGGAUACGAGUUCGGUCACGAACUGAAGAACGUGGACAGGCCGCGAGCUUUGCCGCCAAUUAUGCUUCACUACAUCCAGAAACAUAAAUUUCAAUUGAGAGCCCACAUGUACCAAGCAAGGUCGCUGAUCGGCAGCGACGCUUCCGGUCUCUCUGACCCAUUCGCAAGAGUGAUCUGCGGUGAAUUUUGCAAGAGCACCCAGGUGAUCGACGAGACCCUCAGCCCGACGUGGGACGAGUUGCUGUUAUUUGAUGACAUUUUGAUCUACGGCACCGCCGAGGAGAUCAAGAAGGACCCGCCAUCCAUCGUCGUCGAGCUGUUUGAUCAGGAUAAAGUGGGAAAAUCAGAAUAUAUCGGACGAGCGAUCGCCCGACCUCACGUCAAGCUCGCUUCUGAAGCCUACACUCCUCCGCAAUAUCCGCCGUCGUUGGAAUGGUAUGACGUUACUAGAGGUGCUUCAAGGGCUGGCGCUUUGGCGGUCUUCGAAUUGUUAGAAUAUCCCUCUACCAAAGAUUACGGAUUCCCUACUCUGCCUGAUCCCAAAGAUCCUAGCUGCGGUUCUCAAACUCCGGGCUCCGCUCAGGAUCAAGGCCCGAUUCUUCCGGUGCCCAUAGGAAUCCGGCCCACUUUGGCGAAAUAUCGAAUCGAAGUACUUUUCUGGGGCUUACGAGAUUUGAAAAGAAUUCACCUGUUGACCGUGGAUAAACCGCGUGUGGACGUCGAAUGCGCCGGCCACAUUCUCUACUCGUCUGUCAUAGCAAACGCGAAGAAGAACCCAAAUUUCAACACACCAAUUAAAUUUCUGGAAUUGGAGCUACCCGAGCAAGAGCUUUAUCGACCGCCACUGACCAUAAGAGCGGUGGAUUGUCGGAGUUUCGGCAGAUAUACUCUCGUCGGCACUCACACCAUUAAUUCGAUACACAAAUACAUGUACUAUCCUUUGACCAAAAGAGCAAAGGAUGCUCAGGAGAGAAAGAAAAGCUUGUACCAACUACAGUGUACAG